AUGGACAAUGGAUCUUCUUCUCCAGGACCUCAUCAUCGUCGAGUCUUACGUGAUUACACUUUUGUCCUCCUCCUCUUCCUCAUGCUAGACUCCACCAUGCGUUGGUUUGCUUCGUCGUCAUCAUCGUCUGCUCCCUCGUCGUCGUCAUCGCCGAAGAAGAAGGGGAGGGAGGAGGGCGGGUGGCUUUUCCGGUCGAGGAGGAAGAUUGCGCAGCAGCAGAGGAAGCUUCUUAACGUGGGGAGAGACUUUGACGGUGCAGUAAGCAAAUGCCCCAGCGCGCCGGGGUCAGAGGCCGCGCUGGGGAGUCCGCAGCCUCUUCCUUUGCCGGAAGAGGCCAACCGCCGAGGGAGGAGGUGUUCUCGCUGCAGCUCAUGGGGACAUGACAACUGCAUGCCCUUCCCGGCUCCCAGUGUGUUUUCUUGCCAAGAUACUCCAAAGAAUAACAAUCAAGUACGUGAGACAGUAUCGUCUAGGAGGAGUAACCGAGAUCGAAAUCGUUUACAGAUCAAUGAACAUGAUCUCAGGCUCGAUUUUCCUGUUAGAAGUGCACCUACUAGUCCGUGCGCAAGUCCUAGAUUCAGCCCACGCAGAACUCCUGGUGAUUUGGGGACUCCUUCGAGAAAUCAAGGCUGGUCUGCACCGGAGAUGAAUAGUAAUGAUAUGACUCAACCUCCCUCUGCCUUCUUAGAUGUAUUUAGUAAUGAAAGUUCCCCUAUAAACAGUCCCACCGGUAGAAGUCCCCUUCGACAACCACAAGGAUCAUCACCACUGCAUCCCCUGUUAUCUGUAACCUCUGAAGUCCAUCCAUUGCCUCUGCCUCCUGGAGCAAGUCUUCCUUCACCUAGUGUACCACCAUCACCAAGCCUACUAUCACCACAACCUGCAGUCACACCUAAGCAAGAGUCCCAGCCGAUUAAAGGGCAAUGGCAAAAGGGAAAGCUCAUUGGUCGUGGCACGUUUGGCAGUGUUUAUGUUGCUACCAAUAGAAAAACUGGAGCUUUAUGUGCAAUGAAGGAAGUUGAACUACUUCCUGAUGACCCGAAAUCAGCAGAGUGUAUAAAGCAGCUACAGCAGGAAAUCAAAGUCCUCAGCCAGCUCAAGCAUCCUAAUAUUGUUCAGUACUAUGGAAGUGAAAUUGUUGAAGAUCGUUUUUUUAUAUACCUGGAGUAUGUUCAUCCUGGUUCUAUUAACAAAUAUGUUCAUGAACAUUAUGAUGGAGCUAUGACAGAAGCUGUUGUUCGCAGUUUUACUCGCCAUAUACUCUCUGGGUUGGCUUACUUGCACAGCAAAAAAACAAUACACAGGGACAUCAAAGGGGCUAAUUUGCUUGUGGAUUCAUUUGGGGUUGUCAAGCUAGCUGACUUUGGAAUGGCAAAACAUCUUUCAGGACAUGUAGGGAAUCUUUCUUUAAAGGGAAGUCCAUACUGGAUGGCUCCAGAGCUGAUGCAAUCUGAGAUGAAUAAAGAUAACAGCUCUGAUUUGGCUCUUGCUGUUGAUAUAUGGAGUUUGGGUUGUACUAUUAUUGAAAUGUUCACAGGAAAACCUCCGUGGAGUCAGUAUGAAGGGGCUGCAGCCAUGUUUAAAGUCAUUAAGGAUACUCCACCAAUUCCAGAAACAUUGUCGCCUGAGGGUAAGGAUUUCCUCAGGUGCUGCUUCCAAAGAAAUCCUGCUGAGAGAUCAACUGCUGCAAUGCUAUUAGACCAUCGAUUUGUAAAAAGCUCCCAGCCGCAGGAAGUCCCAUCUACAACCUAUGCCUCUAAUGGGAUGAAUCUCAUGGAAAGACCCCACACUCCAACUGAACUUGAAAGAAGACUUGAUAGUUCAGUGAUGAUUCCCAACAUCGGCAUGCAAUUGACUACGGGAAAGGCAGCUCUCUGAGUGCUUCUUGCAAAAUCAUCUCUUCGGUAACAAUCUCAUUCUGAAACUUCCGGUAACAACAAUGGCCAGCCCCAUGCUCUUCCUCUCAUCCUGCAUUUAAGGCCUGUCAUGGAAUAUAUCAUCUAGCUUGGCUUGCGAUCAAAACACCACCCCCUUCUUUAAUCUCUGCAUGUGUUGUUCAAACCAUGGUACUCGAACGACCUUGUAUAAAUGGAAUGGAUUGUAGCUACGUUUCUGUCCACAGGGUAUAAUGAGAAAGCGGCUUCUGAAUUGUAGGCUCAACUGAUAAUCGAUGUUCUGGUAGGUGAGUUGCAGCUAUAGAGUGUAACUGUAUUAGGUUCUUUCCCUCAUCGUUAGAGCAGUACUUUUUGUUUACCAUGUACCUUUAGAGCUUCAGCAGAACUAGUCUUUUGACAUGGCCUUCUGAAGGUAUUACAAUGCUUUCACCUCCCUCCUUGUACCUUUGUAUCUGAUCAAUCUACCUUUGUGUUCAUAUGCCAAAUCAGUUGAAUACAUAACCAGCCACAUUGAGUUCU